AUGUCACAAGCUACUGCCCGUGUACUCCAAAGCGGCAUGCGUCUGCCUCCAAUGCCCACAAUUCGUGAGCUUGUAAAACUAUACCGGCUGCAGGCCAGAAAACAACUAAGCCAAAACUUCCUAAUGGAUGAGCGGCUAACGGACAAGAUUGUCAAGUCGGCGGGACGUAUUGAUCCCAGGGAUUUGGUUCUUGAAGUAGGUCCCGGUCCCGGCGGCAUUACCCGCUCCAUUCUGCGCCGCCAGCCGGAUCGUUUGAUUCUCGUAGAGAAGGAUCGCCGCUUUGGAGAAACCUUGCAGCUCCUAAAGGAAUGCGCCAGUCCGCUAAAUAUACAGUUCGACAUCCACUACGAUGAUAUUCUGCGCUUUAACAUGGAGCAGCACAUACCAGACACCUCACAGCGUAUUCAUCUGAUUGGCAAUCUGCCGUUCGCCAUAUCCACGCGAUUGCUAAUCAAUUGGUUUGAAGAUUUGGCAGCCAGACGAGGGGCCUUUCGGCGCAUCGACACAUGCAUGACUUUGACCUUCCAGCAGGAGGUGGCAGAUCGGAUUUGUGCCCCUGUGGGCGGCGAGCAGCGCUGCCGACUGUCGGUGAUGUCGCAGGUGUGGACGGAGCCCAUCAUGAAAUUUACCAUACCGGGCAAGGCGUUCGUUCCGAAACCCCAGGUUGACGUAGGCGUCGUCAAGCUCAUUCCCUUAAAGCGCCCCAAGACGCAGUUACCAUUUCGUCUCGUUGAGCGGGUUGUACGUCACAUUUUUAGCAUGCGCCAGAAGUACUGUAGGCGUGGCUUUGGCACACUGCUGCCUCCAGAAAACCGUGAAGAGGUCACCCAAAAGCUAUUCCAGCGCGCCGAAGUCCAGGAUACGCUGCGUUCCUUUGAAUUGACCGUUGAGCAGUGCCUAAGAUUGGCAGAGGUCUAUUCGGAGCAUCUGGCGGCCUAUCCCGAGGUAGCUGCAUACGAUUACCGGGCGCCCAAAAAUAUCGAGAUCCUCUAAAGCAACGUUUUCACUUCUUUUUAUAAAUAUGGUAAAAUGUAUUUAAUUAGUUGAGUAAACACAAGACUCUAAAAAUUGUAAA